AAAAAAUAAUCUAAAACCUUUCAUCUAAUGCCAACAUCUGUGGAUGGAUGACACCAGUGUGAGCUGCUCACCUGCGCUGUGAAGGAUAUCAAAGACAUUUUUAAAAGAGUCAGAAAAGUUGUUGUCUCUAGUUUGAGCUUGAGUCGAAGGUUUAAAUGAAUGUGUUUUCUCUGGGUCGAGAUUGACAAUGAAUGACAGAGUGAGUGUGUGAAUGUCUGUGGUGUAUUUUGGGAGAUGGUGACGGGAAGGGGGUUGAAUUUUUUGUCGCCAUGGGGACAGGAGGGGCUGACAUUUGAAGUUUAUCUCAUACACAAGCAGUGCUGCCGUGGACUCGCUGGAAGCACAGUGGUACAAAGAUGAAGCCAACACUUAUAGCCAUCUUGUGUCUACCUCUUCUCGUCAUUCAUAUUAAACCUUCACUGGCUUCCAAAAGAGGAAAGUUUCCUCAGAUAAUGAAUGCUUUUAAGAAGCCUUCAAAAACAAAACCUAAUCAGGACACUAAGUCUAAGACCCAACAGUCCACACAGUUCAACCAAGGAGGUUACCCCCAACAACCAGGCAGACCAGGAGGUUACCCCAACACAGGAGGCUACCCUCAACAACCAAGCAGACCAGGAGGUUACCCUUACCAAGGAGGUAACCCCAACCAAGGAGGUUACCCUCAACAACCAAGCAGACCAGGAGGUUACCCUUACCAAGGAGGUAACCCCAACCAAGGAGGUUACCCUCAACAACCAGGCAGACCAGGAGGUUACCCUUACCAAGGAGGUUACCCCAACACAGGAGGCUACCCUCAACAACCAGGCAGACCAGGAGGAUACCCUUACCAAAGUGGGUACCCUAAUCAAGGAUUCUACCCAGGGUACCCAGGGCAUCAAGCUGGUGCUUACCCAGGACCGGGCUACCCAUACUGGGGCAGUUAUGGCAGUUACGGGGGUUAUCCAGGCGGAUACAUAAACCACAACCCAAACAACAAAAUCCUGAGUCCUCACUAUGCCAGCAGCUUUGGGUAUGGGGGUCAUGGUGCUGGUGGCGGCUCUCCCUUCUCAAACUAUGCAAAGGCACAGGGCUUUGUUCCCUCUGAUAAAUCCAAAGGUUUUGGUCGCAGAGCAGCAUUGGCGGCAGCUGGAGGAGCUCUGACAGGAAUGGCCCUGGGCUACGGGUUAGGAAGGUUCCCCCGUCCUCACUUUCACUUCCACAGCCCCCAGGAGGAGUAUUACUACAACUACUACAUGUACAGGAAGUAUGGUAUUAGAUCUACUGAUACAAAUGACUUCAGCAGAGAUUACGAAUACAUACAAGUUGAUGUAACAUUUGAUAGUUUCAUAAAGUCCUGCAUGAAUAGAGCAGAUCUUGUCCCUGUAAAGAAUCGAAAACCAAACCUCAAACCAGCUGUGACUACAUCUAAACCCCCCACAGCUGCUACUGUGAACUCCACCAUUGCAUCAAUUACUGCUGCUCUUGGCACUGCCAGCAGCGCCACAAGUAACAGCACCGCAACGAAAAACUCCUCAACCGAUUCCCCUUCAACUCCUCACCCUCCGAAUAAGUAUGAAGACAAUCCUGCACCUGCAGCUUCACAGCUCCUCCAAACUGAUGAUGACGACACAGUGAGCAUUGUGGAGAUUGGUUACCCAGCACUGAUCACACAGGUUAAGCUCAAGAGGUGCAUCGAACUUUACAUCGUCAAUGCUGAAAGAAACUUGAAGAAAAAGACCAAACUUGAAAGCAGCAGUGGAGCGCAAAGACUGCAGACAGACCUGCGAGGGCUUUUCUCUGUCAUCACCAGCAUUAUAGUGAUACUGCAAACACAGCUUAUUUGUCUCCACAGAGUGAAGAUGAAGCUCUAUUCAUUGUCCAUGCUUAGUUUGUCACUUAUCUUGCUUAAUACCCCUUUCUCGCUGACCAGGGGAAAGGGAGGGAGAGGAAAAAGUUCGGGCAGCAAAAAAGUCUCUUCGGGCACCAAUACAGGAUACAAACCCAAAAAAGACUCCACCCCUCAGGGUGGCCAUCCAAAACAAAACAAUCAGGGCAGUCCUGGGCAGCAAGGCAAUUAUCCCAGACAACCAGGUGCAGCAGGCAACCCUAACCAGUAUCCAGGACAAAGUUCUCCGUAUGGAGGGUAUGGAGGAGGUUAUGGAGGCUAUGGAGGAGGUUAUGGACGGUAUGGAGGAGGUUAUGGAGGUAAUCGUCCUUCUGAGAAUUCCAGAGGGUUUGCUCGCAGUGCAGUAGUAGCUGCAGCUGGAGGUGCAGUGGCAGGAACGGCCCUGGGCUAUGGGUUAGGACAGUUCCACAAUCCUCACUUUACUGUCCGCAGCCCUCAAGAGGAGUAUUAUUACAAACACUACAUGCACAGGAACCAUGGGUCUAAAAUCCAAACUAAUAGAAAUACUAACAAAAAUACUAAUACCAAUACCAAUACUACUGAAUACAGCAGCGACAAAGGAAGAGAUGCCGUAAUUACUCAACCCGUUCAGAGUUAUGAAGACUACAUGGAUGCCUGUAUGAAGAGGUCUGACAUUUUGCCGGUGAAAACUCAAAAGCCCCAAAUCAAACCAGGUACAACUGCCACAGCUACGACCAAAACCAACACGUCUACUCUCGUGACAUCAGAGAGCAACGACACUGCCACAGAAAACCCCUCGACCCCCACCCCUGCAAGUCCAGGCCCUCCAAAUCAGCCCGAAGAAGAUGACACGGUCAGCAUUGUGGAGAUCGGCUACCCGGCACUGAUCGAGCAGGUGAAAACCAGGAGAUGCUUGGAGUUGUACAUGGCUUACUCCAUGAAGUACAUGAGACAGGAAGGGCCGAAAGACGGGAGUACAGGAGGGGUAGAAGGAUUGGAGAUGGGCUUUCAAAGACUUUUAGCAGUAGUUACAAGUGCUAUGCUGAUGCUACUUAACAGCAAUGUACCUGUGCUGCUGCACUGAGAUGUUCAUUUGACAUUAUAGAGAAUGUGUUCAUGAAUAAGAUGAAAAGAUGAAAAAUAACUUGGUGGAAAGGAACCUGUAAUCCUUUCUUUAUUUUGUGCUGACUUCUGCUGUGAGAUUUUAUACUUUAUUUUAUACUUUAUGCUUCAUAUAAAGCAAACAUUGACGGCACAGAUGUGAUUACAGGAGAAAUUAAAAUAAAUAGUUACAAAGCCUUUUCCUGUAACUGUAAAACAAAACGAGCUAAAGGGUUGUUUCUUAUGGGAGAAUGUGAAUGUUUUCAUGAAUCCUAAAGGCUUGCACUUUUUCCUCGUCAUGUUAAAUAAAUGAAAUAGCUUUACUAACUUGUACUUG